UAUCCUCGUCUUCACACCGUUACGAACCUUCAAGAGACGCGAUUGAGGUGAUCAGCCCCGCCAACUCCCCUGUCCCCACUCAGGAGAAGAUGCCCCCUUACCAGCAGGAGCCCCCCAAAAUGAACCCAGGAGAAAGGGACUGCAGCCGCCAGUACGAAGGGUCCGGCCAUCCUUACAGACCCGCGCAGGAUUCGCCUUCGCCACAGCAACCUCCGCCCCAGCAGGCUCAGGCACCCCCGGCACCCCAGGCGGGGCCUCCACCCGUCCCGACUCACCGCGUGAUCACCUUGGCCGACCACAUCUGCCAAAUCAUCACGCAGGAUUUUGCCCGCAGCCAGGUCUCCACCCAGCCUUCCCUUCCGACUCCCACCAGCACAUUCCAGACCUCGGCGCUGACUUCUGUGUCGACGACAAACCGGGCCAAGGCUUCGAACCGCUACAGCCCCGACAUCCAGGUGCAAGCCGCCCCCCACCAGCGCCCGGGAUCCCGGAUGUCUCCCGAAAACAUCUCUGAGAAAAGCAGGGGAAG